GAAAAUAUAUACAUACGUGUAUACCAAAAGUAAUUAAAAGAAAAAAGCAUGUUGCAAGAAUUGUGGUACACCCUAAUGCCUACAUAUUAUAUCUUUUGACUAAGUAACUACUACUCGCCACAACUUCAACACAUACGGGAGCUUCCCGUUUAAAUAUAAUGAAUCGUUAUAUCACCCUUUCACAAUUGGGUGAUGGCACAUAUGGCACUGUGGUGUUAGCUCAACGCAAGGACACUGGCGAGAAGGUAGCUAUUAAACGUAUGAAACGCAAGUAUUACUCAUGGGAGGAGGCGAUGAAUUUGCGAGAAGUCAAGUCACUCAAGAAACUCUCACAUCCGAAUAUUGUGAAAUUGAAGGAAGUAAUACGGGAGAAUGACACCUUGUAUUUCGUGUUUGAAUAUAUGAAAGAGAAUUUAUACCAAAUGAUUAAGGACCGUGAUACACAUUUGCCAGAACCAACUCUUAAAAGCAUAUUAUUUCAGGUACUCACCGGCUUGGCGUUCAUGCAUCGGCAUGGAUUUUUCCAUCGCGACUUAAAGCCAGAGAAUUUACUUUGCUCAGGGCCGGAGCUAAUAAAAAUUGCAGAUUUCGGUUUGGCACGUGAGAUCCGCUCACGGCCGCCAUUCACCGAUUACGUAUCCACCAGAUGGUACCGUGCGCCAGAGGUCCUGUUGCAUUCCACUGGUUAUGGCAGUUCGAUAGAUUUAUGGGCAAUGGGCUGUAUCAUGGCGGAACUGUACACAUUUCGGCCCCUCUUUCCCGGUAGCAGUGAAGUGGAUCAGUUAUUUAAGAUAUGUUCUGUUUUAGGAACGCCAGAGAAGAGCGAAUGGCCCGAAGGUUAUAGACUGGCGGCGACUAUACACUUUCGCUAUCCAGAAUGUGUAAAAGUGCCACUUAAUACCAUUGUGACACGUUGUAGUCAGGCGGGCUUGGAUUUGUUGGAGGACAUGCUGCACUAUGAUCCGGACAAACGACCGACAGCGCAACAGAGUCUCAAAUAUGCUUACUUUCAUGCACUCAAACGUAUUUCGCCCACAGCCGCGACGAAUGCUAAUGUCAAACUCACGGCUAGAUAUGCGGCAGCGGCGGCUGCUGCUGCCAAUAACCUGGAUACGAAUUCGAUAGUGUUGGGUAAUGCUAAAAAUGGCGGACAAACGCAGAGUUUAUCGAAUAAUGUGCUUCCGGUGCAGGAGAAACUACAAGUUGUUACUGAGCUCAUACAGCAGGGCAAUAGACAAAACAACAAUAACAAUACCGUAAAUGCCAAUAAUGCGAUAAAUGCGUCAAUGAGUAACAUUCGGGGUAUCAACAAUAUGUAUGCUAAACGUUCGAAUAUUUCUAUAGCACAUAACCCCAAUCAAAUACAAGCACCAAAGAUCAGUUUUUUGGCUUUGAAUGGCUUGGAUGGGAGCCGACCGACAGUACCCUUGCAGUUAUCUGCUGUUAACGGUCAACAAAACUCGCACAUAAUUAAUAAUGGACAGCUCUCAAAUGGCAUUAGCAACACAACGAACCGACAAUUCCGCGAUUCACUUGAUGAUAAUCUCUCUAUAAACAGCGGCUCCAUACGCUAUAACGCAGUUUUGGCGCCGGGCAAACAGGCUUAUCUGAAUGGUGGCGAUUCCGCACUUCAUAAACGUUCACAGGAAAAUCUCGCAUUCACAGAGUCCAUAAAUGAUAUCUACUUGAAUCGUAACACCGGUCAAUUGCAGCCGCCGCAACCGCCAAAUGUUUCAUUUAAUAACAGCAGCAACCCCGUAGGAAAUAUUAAAGCCGGCGUCAUAUACUUAGCGAACGGUCAUCGGAAUUAUGCGCUCUUUGAGACAGCUGCGAAGAAUGCUAAAAAUUCUGCUAAGCUUAAUGGUUAUUAUCUGCAGACACGUCCUAGUUUGCUGAAUCUUGAUACAGCGGGAAAGGAUGCAAAGGUCUAUAAUAUGUUCUCCAAAGUAGUGCCCAAGCAGCCAGCAACAAAUAACUAUACGAUGCGCAAAGGACUCGAACCGAAUGCGGAGAGAAGUGAUUACUCAAAUAAUGAGCAAACGGUUGAAAAGUCGCAGUUUGAGCGUAACGGGGAGGAGAAAAAUAAUGCAGUUCCUACACAAAAUGGUGAAUUGAGCAAAGAUGAUGAACUAGAUCUUAUAUUGGGCUCUAAAAUAAAAACAUCAGCCAGACGCCAACGUCAACGUAAUUCCAGAUCGAACAUUUUACUAGAGGAUCUCUUCGGGCAUCUUUCGCUCGAUUCGGAUAGUGAAACAACAAAGUACCCGAAUACAGUUCCUUUUAUGACACAUCAACAGCAAUCGCUUGCAGAACGUAACUCCAGCUUGCCAAAUGGUUAUUCGAAUGAGAGCUCGUUAAGGGAGCGGAGUAAAAUGAAAGUGCCGAGUAGUAUCGAAGUAAAUAACGGGAGUUAUGCGGAUUCGCUAUCAACAAAUGCUUCUAGUAUAUCUAAGGAUUCACUUGACCCGCCCACAGACGAUGAAUGCCAAUUUUGGCCGAUUAGAGUUGACCAUCAAUAUGUUGACAAGACCCAAACGAAAUAUCAACCUUGGGACGGUACGAAUAAGACGGAAGAUGAAAAAUUAACGGCUUGGAUGGUCGCCGAAAACGGUUCUUUGCUUGAGAAGAAGAUACUGAAUGGUCUCAACGACAGGAAUAAUGCCGACUGGAACACAACGUACCUUAAUUAUUAGAUGAA